CCGCCGGCCACCGCCACGCCCACUUGUGAAGCUGCCCCGUGGUCCAUUGGCGAUUAAUACAGUUGGCCUCUUUGAGUACCCCGCUGGCUGUCGGCUCCGCGAGCCUGGGCGCACGAUAUAUAGCCUGGGGUGAAGGAUAGUGAGUCCCGGAUCGCGACAUGUGCUGCUCGCAGACGUUUGCUGACCUUCAAGGAGACUUUCGCUUUCCCAAAGCACAGGAUGCGGUCCGCGGCUCAAGUGUUCUACCUGGCGGUGUUCGCGCUGCUGGGUAGUUCGCAUGCUGCCAGCCAUGCCGCUUCCGCGAAGUCUAAGGAUGCGCCAGCAGACGUCUGCGAUUUCGAACCCGGCGCUAUUGUUUCCGAUGCGUGUGCAAGUUACGAUACCCUCGAGCAGCUCAAUGAAGCAAUACACCCAUACCUCCAUUCGAUCACGCAGAACACCGACUUCUUCUCGCACUACCGACUGAGUCUGUACAGCAAAAAAUGUCCGUUCUGGGACGACGAAGAUGGCAUGUGUGGUAACAGGGCGUGUGCGGUCAACACGCUGGAGAACGAGGAGGACAUACCCUUGGUUUGGCGCGCAAAGGAGUUGGGAAAGCUCGAGGGACCGACAGCGCAACACCCAGGGAGGCAGCAGCAGAGAGAGCACCCACAGAAGCCGCUGCAGGGCGGGUUGGGUGACCAGGUCGACGAGAGCUGCGUGGUCGAGUACGAUGACGAAUGCGACGAGCGCGACUACUGCAUCCCGGACGACGCAUCCGCGACGGCGAAAGGUGACUACGUGUCGCUGGUGGACAACCCAGAGCGCUUUACGGGCUACGCCGGCGUAGGAGCUCAUCAGGUGUGGGAGGCUAUCUAUCGUGAGAACUGCUUUAGCAAGCCACCUAAGGUGGCUCAGUCGAGUGCUCAGUCAUCUCCAGGCGGAGCGUCGCCCUUCGGAGGCUUCAACAAUCCUGAACAGCUACAGGCCGCCAACCAAUUGCGCAAUGUCCUGAAAGACCAGGCUUUUGGCAAGACUGUUAAGUCUGCCAUCGCCAAGGGAGCAGACCCGGCACGCUUGGAUCCUGUCGAAUUCGACGACACGUGUCUUGAGAAGCGCGUUUUCCACCGUGUCGUUUCAGGGAUGCACGCGUCCAUCUCUACACAUCUCUGCUGGGACUAUCUGAACCAGACAACAGGAGAAUGGGGCCCCAACCUUACCUGCUACGAGCAGCGGCUGCAAAGGUACCCCGACCGCAUCUCGAACCUUUACUUCAACUAUGCUCUCAUCAUGCGCGCUGUCGGGAAGAUAAAGCAGCACAUCAAAGACUACACGUUCUGCUCCCAGGACCCAGAGCAGGACAAGCGCACCAAGAACUCAGUACUCCGCCUUGCAUCAGCGCUCCCAGACGGCCCCGAGGUUUUUGACGAGACGGUCAUGUUUCGUGACCCUGACACCGUUGCCCUGAAGGAGGACUUCCGCAACCGCUUCAGGAACGUGAGUCGUAUUAUGGACUGCGUAGGUUGCGACAAGUGCCGGUUAUGGGGCAAGAUCCAGACCAACGGUUACGGCACGGCCCUCAAGGUGCUUUUCGAGUUUGAUGAGCAUGAUUCCUCCAAAGAUCCGCCGCUUCGUCGCACAGAGUUGGUCGCGCUCAUCAAUACUAUGCACCGACUCUCGCAUUCUCUCACGGCCAUCAAAGAGUUCCGUCAGAUGGUUGAAGAUCGUGAUGGGAUUCACCGGGCCGCGGUCCCAACCGCCCCAGAGACCGAGAAGGAGGUCGAGAAAGUGAAACAAGUGCUGGGCGACGGCACAAAUACCGAUGAGGCUCUUCCUACCGACGAUGGCAUGCCAGAAAAGCCGGACUUUAAGCGCAACUGGGACCCGAAUAACAUGACCUUGGCGGAGGAGUUCUGGGCCGAGUUUGAUCUCGUUUUCAGAGCGUGGAAGUAUGUGAUGAGGGGUUGGUUGGAUAUGCCAGGGAGACUCACGAAGAUCUUCAUUUUCGAAAGUGGUCGCUUGUGGAACUGGUGGCUCGGUGUGACACCUGGUCCACGCAGCUGGUAUAUCCACAUCCCGCAGCACCACGAGCUAUAGAGUGGGUGCGUUCAUGUUGUAUAUAGGUGCAUAGCCUUGGCGUUGUUUCCUGGUAGAGUGGCACUGUUAAGAGAGCAUUAGAGAGGC